GGUGGGCGCUUCAGCGAAGCGGGCUCUCUGUUUCUAUCUAUCUAUCCGUCCGAUCUUAGACAGACUCCUAGCGCUCCCUGGGAUCGGGCGAAGAUGUGGCCCCCAAUCUCGAGGAGAAGGUUUGUGGGCUUCCUCGACAGUGGUCCGAAACGGACUUUGCCUGGGAGGAAGGCCCAUUGAACAAAGCGACACUUACUUCCGAGUAAACAUGCCUGGGGCUUGCGCUGCUCAGCGCCUGCAAGAGAGGGGAUGGCUCUGCGAGAGCCCACGUUGAAGAACUCAGUGCGGAAAACCCGACGGGCGCUUCAGGAAACUGACAUGUCACCCAAAUACCCCCUUUUGAGAUGCCUGGCUGCUGUGGAUCAGAGGGCAGGCGCUUUGGAUCAGGGGCCCUGGUGUGUGUGUGUGAAGAAGAUCCAUCUGGAUCCACUGGGGGAUUUUCAGAUCGGCAAGGAUCGCUGAUUUCCCCAACAGCAGUGGCAAAAUGACUCCCACUCCCCGCGCGCCCAAACUACUGAAAUUAACAAUGCUUGGGGCGGCUAACCAGAAAUGGAGUGUGUGGAAGGAAGGACAGUGAACUCGCUUCAGUUCUGGUGUUCAAAACAAUGUGAUUUCAACAUUUGAGGGAAUAACCCCACCCCCAAAAGGCCAGUCCGAAGAAUUCUUUCAUUCUACGUGUGUGUCUCUCGCACCUGGCUCCCAGGACUCUCGUAUUUUUGUACCUUUUGUUUUUAAAGGCAGUCCCUGUGAGCCUCAGGCCCAGCCGCCCUUGCUUUACAGCACUGGAAAGGAAAGUAGACGCUUGAUCACUUUGUGUGUGAUCUUUGAGAACAGACUGAAAAUAGAAACUUGACAGAUGCCUGUGCCACUGCCACCACCACCACCUCCUCUUCCACCAUCUUUUUCUGGAGGUGCACCACCACCACCACCUCCUCUUCCACCAUCUUUUUCUGGAGGUGCACCACCACCACCACCACCACCACCUCCUCUUCCACCAUCUUUUUCUGGAGGUGUACCACCACCUGCCCCUCCUCCACCUCCUCUUCCUCCACCUUCAACUGGAUGUUCAUCACCACUUCCUCCUCCUUCUCUUUCAUCAUCUUCUGCAGGGCCACCACCACCACUACCAUCUUCAAGUUCUUUGGCAAAUACAGAGCCACCCAAGCAGAGAAGGGAGGAUUCAAAAAGUCGGAGCGCUUUGCUACACGAGAUCCAAAGAGGGACUCGAUUGAGAAGAGUAACACAGAUCAAUGACCAAAGUGCACCACAGAUUGAAGACAGUAAAAGAAGGGCCAGCAGAGAUGGAGGAAGCUCAGGAACGGGCAGAGGUGAUAUCCCUCAGGCAUUGGGAAACCUCUUUGCUGAUGGUUUUCCUGUUCUGAGACCAGUAGGCCAAAGAGAUCUGACAGCUGGUAGGACCGGGCAGCCAAGUGCUGCAAAAAUAUCUCCUCCUCCAAAGGCUCCAACCCAACUGAACAAUAACGGGAAAGCUGGUGGCAACCUUCAAAUGGCACCUGAAACCCCGAAGCCAGCAGAUCCAUCAGAAGCAUCCAAGGGCCAGCGAGCAGUUCCAUCUCAUCCCAACAUCCCUGCUCCUCCACCACCACCAUCACCUUCCUCUAGCAAACCUUCACUUAUCUUUCCCCCUCCUCCACCUCUUCCUCCUCCUCUGGUUGACAAUCCUGAGAACAUCACCUCCCCAAACACUGCUCCUCCUCCUCCUCCUGAGAACGAGAAGCCUCCUAAAACUCCAACAUCCCCUUUGCACUUGCCGCCGCUGCCACCGCUGCCACCACCACCUCCGCCCUUGCCUUUAGGUCCCCCUGUUGGGCUUCCAGGCAGAACCAGUGAGUGUUCUAGCCCAUCUGCUUCCCAGCUUGAUCUAAGAAUUAAUUCCCCUCCUGUGCCUCCGCCACCACCUCCAAUGCCUUCUAUGUCUACCUUUUCCCCACACAGGAUAUCUUUGCCACUGCCACCAUCCCCAACCUCUAAUAGUGCCUUGAACAGCAGUGGCGAUGCUCCCCCUCCCCUGCCCCCCAAGUCACCUUUCUUGCAGUCCCAGUUGCAGAAGCCCAGCAUUCAGUCACUGCCUCUUCCCCCUGCCCCUCCUAUGAGCCAGCAAGCUGCUGUAACACACAAGAGGAGACAAGGCAGAGGUGCAGCAAAGCUAAUGCCACCACCAGUACCUCCUGCAAGGUCUCCAACUACUGAACUCUCAAGCAAAUGCCAAUAUGCCCAAGUGUCUCCAUGGCUGGUUGCCCAUGACCUCUACCCGGCAAUUAAGAAUGGCACAGUUCACAUAAUGGAUGAUUUUGAAUCUAAAUUUACUUUCCAUUCCGUGGAAGAAUUCCCUCCUCCUGAUGAAUUUAAGCCAUGCCUGAAAAUUUAUCCUAGCCAGGAAGCUAGAGAUAAUACCAAUAAUCCCCCAUUAAGAACACAAGUGAGAUGAGAUCUAUGUAACAGACGCGUUGCUAAAAGUAUCAACAUAGUCUUGUAACAUGUAGGAACUUGUUUUGAUGAUCAUAUGAUAUACGCAGACAAACAAAGUGCUACAUAUAAGACCAUAUGUGGUACUUAAAUGGUGGAUGAUGUUGGGAUUGAAUGGCUGUGCAUGGACUAAUAAGCAGUUGAAACAUAUUAUUAUGUAACUCCAUUUCAAUUGCUUUAAAGCUGGGCUGAGUUUUGUUUUAAAUUCUGUGGAAUGCUCAGUAUAUACAACUGAUGUAGUAGUCCAAAUAUGUAUGGCAUACUUUAUUUGAGCAUGAUUGUUUCACAUUGCACAAUGCAAGUCAGUUUGCAUAGACGACAGUGGCUGAAGUUGUACCAUCCACCCUAUCAAGUAAAUCGUGCUUCCAAACUUGGGUUUGUUGUACUGUAUUUAAAUGUGUGCAUGUUUUUCUUCCCACUUAAGAAGUCUGUGCAUUGUAACUUUUUAUAAAACCCUUUUUAGUCUCUCUGUGGUUACACUGAAAUGGCUUUCUAGCUAAUGCAGUUGUAUGGAUUUCAAAUGGUAUCAUACACCAUAGGUUUGUAUAUUUAAGUACAAAGAUAGACAGCACUAAGCUUCACCAUCACCACAGAAGAUAAUGGGCCUAUGUUUUUUGAUGGAAGACACACAAAUUCUUGCUUAUUAGAACAGAAUGCCUUAUCCUAAAUUUCCCUAUGUUGCUGCCUUUUACACUAGACCAACUUCACUUCUAGAGGCUCUGUCACAGCUAUCCUUUUGAUUAGGAAGUGGAGGCAAAUCUGCAAGUGAAAUCAACUACUGAAAUGAGGCAAGGGAUAAUAGAAUGUAUAUUGACUAAUGAGCUUCUAGGGCUUAAUAUCGCUACACAAUUGUACCCCUAGAUGUCCUUGCCUAGUAUAUUUUAUGAUGUUACUACUGACACACACCCUACUUCGCAGCAAAUCUUAAGGCCAAAACUAGAUGUUAAAUGACUAGCAGUUUUCCAACAUCUUAUGCUUCAAAACGAAAAGCAACUUUAGAAAGCUGGGGCAGGGUUAGAGAAAAAGCAGCAAGGAGGCACUCUAAAUAGAAAAACAGGGUUCACUAUCUCUCUUACGUUCCUGUUUCAAACAUACGAGUGUCUUCUUGCUUCUUUCCAUUAAAAAGAGAAAAAAAUAAGAGAUGCCAUUAUCCCACUCUUAGGGCCAAGCUAGAUAUCGUGUAGCAGACCCAUGUAAAGAAAAAAAUACCUGCUGCUCUUUUUACAUCUAUCUGCUAAGGUGACAUCUAGAGGGGCCUUAAGAGUGGGAUAAUGGCCUCUCUUCUCUCUCCCUUCUUUAAGCAACAGGCCAUAUCUGUAUCCUAGCCUUUCUACAUAAAUGAUGUUUUGGCUCUUUUCUCUCAGGUGGGAAAGAACAAUGCACCAUCUGCUUCAGCUAGCUUUAACACAAAAGUAGGAGUUCUUGGUGUGCUUAAUGUUGUAGCAAGGAGGAAAGCAGGCAUCUGCAGCAGUGAAUGAGCAGCUUCCUGGGUAUAGUGACUGUUCACGCAUCCUUCUGAAAUAAGACAGCAAACAUCCACAUAUCCUUCUUGACUAUUGAACCUCUGGCACCUGGCCAUUUUGCUCUCGCAGCAAGGAAGAAAUGCAAAAUGAGAAUCUCUAUGCUCCUAGGAAAAUAGCAGGACGUUCUUUCCUUGGAUCUGAUAUUUUAAAAAGCAAGAACAUGCAUAAGAAACGUUUAAAAGGUUUUGCUCUCCAUACUAAUUACAGUGUGACUUCAGCUUAAAAUGCCAUGUGAAAUAUGACUUCAUCCUUUUCCUUCUUUGUUGGAGCCUGUUAAGUUUGAGGAUUGUUUAAAAGUGCAUUCAUUUA